AUGUCAUUAAAAAAAGAAAAAAGGUAAGAACAAAACAAAAGACGAGAGGAUGAAGAAAACUUCUAAUAAAUUUUCUUGAUCAAAGUGGUUUUUCUUACAAAUAGAUAAGAAAAUUAAAUAGUGCGCAUAGUAAAUUCAAUUCAAGUAGACUUGGGGGUGAGUGUAAAAUAACCCUUCUCCAGCUAACAAAUGUCUAAAUUUCUUAGUCAAAACAGCGCAAUUAUCUUAAAGUUUUGUUUGACCACCACCUACAGACGUGCGCUAUUAAAUAAUCAUCGUUGUCUAUCAAGCAUUCUCAAGCAAUCGUCAAUAAAUACAACAACAAAAACCCAGAACAAAAAUUCUCAUAAUCAAUUUGAAAAAUUUCAUUUCAGUUCAAAAAGUUUCCAUAAAUAUCAAUGUGAAAUGGAUGUACCAGAAGGAGUAUUUCGAGGAAAAGCCGACAGAUUUAAUGGAGUAACCGUGGAUUCUAGUGAGGAAUAUGAUAAGAGUGUCAAUUUUGCCGAUAAACUACAAAAAUCCAUCGACUAUUGGGUUGAGAAUGGACGACGAGGCAUAUGGUUCAAAGUACAAACGAAGCAUUCACAAUUAGUUCCAGAACUCACAAAGUGUGGAUUUGAUUUUCAUCAUGCUAAAAAUGGUUAUGUGAUGCUGUUUAGAUGGUUACCCACCAAUGAGACCGUUAAUAUUCCAGUUUUUGCGCACACUUUAUGUGGAGUUGGUGGAUUGGUUGUCAAUGAUAAAAAUGAGAUCCUAGCUGUGAGUGACAAAUAUGCCUUAAUACCAAAUAGUUGGAAACUUCCAGGCGGUUACGUUGAACCGAAGGAAGAUUUCAUCGAUGCAGCAAUCCGAGAAGUUCGAGAAGAAACUGGUGUUGAAACCAAAUUCGACACCGUUAUUGGCGUUCGACAAUCACACGGUGGUAGUUUUGGAUGUUCUGAUUUAUAUUUUGUGAUUGCCCUUAAACCAACAACUACUAAACUUACAGCUUGUCCUCGAGAAAUAAGUAAAGUUCAAUGGAUGCCCGUGUCGGAAUAUUUGACCCAUCCGCACGUACACGAAACCAAUAGACAAUUUGUUCGAACGUAUUUGCAUUACAAAGAAUUAGGUAUUAAAUUUAAUUGUUCUGAGGCAACACACCAAAUUCUAAAACGUAAAUAUUGUCUUUAUUUGGUCGAAAAAGAAGAUAAACAAAAAAAAUGUUAAUUUUGUUUUUAAUUUGGAAACAAUAUAAAUUUUAUGAAGAAAACGUUAACUAAUUUUUAUGGGUAUUACGUAACAGUAAUUAUUAUUAUUUUUUAAUGUUAAUAAAAUAAUAUAUUUUUCUAAUUAUUUUUGUCAA